GUCAAAUCGAUGUUUGGCCAGCCAACAUCGAUUUUUUCCAUCUCUACGUGCGCAUCGAAGAAGAAAACGCGUAAUUUGUUCUGUUGGUGGUGUUGGCUGAAGUAGUGGAGUGGACGGUCAUGGACAGACACCUGAAACGAACAUCAAAUUCAGAGGAAAAUGUGGAGGAGCCAGCUCAAAAAAAGAAGCGAGAAGCUUCCAUCGCUUGGAAUCAUUUCAAGAAAACGGUUGAAAAAAACACAUGCCAUUUGUAAUUACUGUGGAAAGGCCAUAAAAACGAUGGGAAACACCACAAACCUUCUUAACCAUCUGAGCAACGUACAUCCAGAACGGCUUAAAGACAGCAAAGGCAAAAAUCAUACAACCGCUUUAGAUGUGUUUGUGGGAAAGUCCACUGUGCAUUAUAUCAAUGAUUCGGCGAGGAAAAUAAAGAUUGAUGAAAUGGUGCUAAACAUGAUUGCUGUUUAUGUUCAGCCUUUUAGUUGUGUCGAGGAUGAGGGUUUCAUUGCCCUCCUGAAAGAAAUGGACCCUCGAUACAAAUUGCCAAGUAGGACAUACUUGCGGGAUGUUUCUUUGCCAAUACAAUAUGAAAAAUGUAAAGCAAAGCUGAGAGAAAUACUGAACAGCGUUGAUUAUCUGGCAUUAACCACAGACCUGUGGACAUCUCGAGCCAACGAAGGCUACAUAACUGUAACAUGUCAUUUUAUAUCCACCAAUUUCAAAUUGGAAUCAGCCAUUUUAGCAACACAGCAUCUUCUAACGCCAACCAAUCACACAGCUGCGAAUAUAGCAGAUACCAUUAAAUCGGUGCUAUCAGAUUGGUCGAUAUCGCAAAAAGUGGUAUGUAUGGUUCCAGACAACGAUGCAUCGAUGAAAAAAGCAUGCGAGUCAUUAAAAUACAAACACUUACCGUGUGUGGCCCACACCAUCAACCUGCUGGUCCAGGACAUGUUGAAACAGCAAAUUUUAGAUGAUAUUCUAAGCAGGUGUAAGACAAUAGUAGCUUUUUUCAAACGAAGUUCGACUGCGUAUGCUAAAUUUAAGGCAGCGCAAAAAACAGAAAAUCCGUACGUCCUGAUACAAGAAAUGCCGACCCGCUGGAAUAGCGCGUACGAGAUGAUUAAAAGAAUAAUUAUAACAAACGAAUACAUAAGUUUGGUCUUGGCAGUAUCCCACAAUGCCCCACUACCGUUGUCUGCCGAGGAUAUUGAUACAUUAAAAGAAUUAUCCAUGUUGUUAGCCCCGUUUGCGGAUGCAAUUCUGUCGGUUUCAACGAACACAAAUGUAUAAAUUUCAUUAAUUAUUCCCGUUGUUUGCGAACUUUUCCAUAAAAUUAAUGGUUUGGAACUUAAAACAGUGGAAGGAAUCGCUGCCUCGAAUUAUGUGAAGAUUCGUUUACGAGAAAGGUUAUUUCCAUACGAAACAAGAACUAUUCCACGCGUAGCCACUAUCAUUGAUCCUCGAUUUAAAAAACAGGGAUUCCUUGGCGCAUCGAACGCGGAGGAAGCGGCCAAGGCUCUACAGGAAGAGCUGAACUCCAUUUGUAUUACAAUCCCACGACCGCAGCCGGCACCACCGACAGAGGAACCGACACGGUUCUCAUUUCUUAAAACUAAAAUUGAGGCAAGAGUGCAAUUCUUUCGUGCUGAUUCAGUCAUUCUGUUACGGCAACAUUUAGAAAAAGGGAACCAGCCGGAAAACUGCGAUCCCCUUGCGUAUUGGAAGAUCUCAACUGAAGAAGCUUUAAAAAAGAUAUCCAAGAAGUUCCUAUGCAUUCCAGCUUCGUCAUGCGAGUCGGAAUGUCUGUUUAGCAAGGCAGGCCAAGUUAUUUCAGACCGUCGUACUCGCCUUUCCCCAUCAGUCGUCGACAAGCUUU